AUGGAUUGGUUUUCAUGGCUCUCGAGAACAGACCUCGAACCUUGUCUCGUCCACGAAUACGGCUUCACCUUCUCCCAGAACGAGCUCGAACGCGAAGACAUUGCUUACUUCAACCACGAAUUUCUCCAGAGCAUGGGAAUCUCCAUCGCCAAACACCGCCUCGAGAUCCUCAAACUCGCUCGUCGAGAUCGCAACCAAUCUCCUCCGCUCAGCUCUCGGUCGAUCUACAGAGCCGUGGUCGCGAUCAGGAAAACUGGAAAGUGUUUCUCCGACCACGUACGCGCCUGGAUCCGCCGCGAAGAGCCGUCGUCGUCGUCUCGAGCUCUGGUGCUGGUGCCGAAGAGGAAUAGCAGCGGCGGGAUUGGGAAGUGGAGAGGCGGAUUUCUGAAGAGGAGCAAGAGAUCUGUGAUGCCAAGCUACGGAAAUGGCGGAUUCGAGAAGCCGGAGAGGUUGCUUUUGACCAACGGGACUCCUUGUAGAGUCGAUAGCUUCUCAAGUCCCGUGGUUUUCGAUUACAGUUUCAAGGAAGAGAAAGUUUGUGAAGAUAGCUACAUGGAAGAAAUCAAAUGGGACUCUAUGUUUCAGAAUCUUAAACCUACUUGA